GGCCAAAUCCACUUAUGCAGAAGAGAGCUUAGGGAGGGUGCAUUUUAUUUCAUCCUUUUGCGUUCUUGGGGUUGCGUGCAUGUUUCAUCCCGAAUCGAACUGUAUCUACGAGUUUCGUGCCCUUCCCCUGUAGCCUCUUUUAGAUUUGUGUCGACUGUUCGCCGUGACCACUUCGAAAAGUGAAAAUGACAGCUGAUGAGGAAGAGGACAUCCCAGGCUCCGGGGCAGUAUGCACCUUUGGGAAGACCCGGUUCGCUGGCAACAUGCCCGGAAUGUUUUGGGUGAAAAACGAUCCCGUCAUUCACGUGGCCUGCGGGGACGAACACUCUGUCUUCAUAACGGCGGGAGGGCGUGUAUUCAGCUUUGGCAGCAACGAGUACGGCCAGCUUGGGCAUGGUCACAAGAACACAGUUGUGCGGCCCAAGUGUGUGAAAGCAUUGAAAGACCAAAGGGCUGUUCUGCUAGCAUGUGGACGGGCUCACACUCUGGUUGCCACAGAUGAUCACAAGGUGUACGGUUUCGGCGUCAACACGGAACACCAGCUGGGCCUCAACUCUCAAGAGUUUCAACAUGCGGAGCCUGCGCUAAUCACUGCACUCAGCGGGCUGCAGAUCAAGCAGCUGGCUGCCGGGGCUGAGCACUCCGUGGCACUUACAGACAAGGGAACGGCUUACGUCUGGGGUGGUGGCAAAGAGGGCCAGCUAGGCCUUGGGACCAAGACCACAGUUCCCUCGCCUCUGGAGCUCAAAGUGGACAUCAGGAUAAUGUGCGUUUCUACGGGCUAUUACCACACAGCCAUUGUUUCAGUUGAUGGCAUUUUGUACACGUUCGGCGAGAGGGAUGGAGGAAAGCUUGGCUUACCAAAAACCCUGUGCUGCAAGCGCUACAACAAACCGACAGAGGUCUCGACAAUCCCAGGAAAAAUAGUCUCCGUCUCUUGUGGUGGGACUCACACAAUGGCACUCACAGCUGAGGGCAAAGUGUAUGCCUUUGGUGAUGGUCGGAAUGGCCAGCUUGGGCUGGGGAAUAAGACAUUGCAAAGCAACAAGCCACAGCUGAUCCCAUUUGUCGAAGGCAUCAAGAUUGCAAAAGUGGUCUGUGGAGAGAGCCACACUGCUUUUCUCUCAGACAAGAGGCAGCUUCUGACAUGUGGAGAUGCUCGCCACGGGAAGUUGGCACUGAUUAGUAAUGAUGUCUCUGCGAACCAGUUUACCCCCGCCCUGGUCGAGGAGCUGCUUUCAUACCAAGUCCAACAGGUUGCUUGUGGUGGCUGUCAUACGCUGGUCCUUGUCAUUCCUGGUUCUGGCCAGGAAGUCAAUGCAAACAAUGAGGUUGGCGCUACAGGCGAUGUCAACGGGGCUCGUGCGAAGAGGCGUCAUCGAAAGGCAGCACUAAUUGAAAAUGAACAAGACGAACCAGAUGCUUGCGAAGAAGAUUUGCAUGUUACGGCAAGAGUACUCAACGAGACAACUCGGCAGCCACGAAAGCCGCCGUUUUUCAUAGAAGCUGAAAGGGACACCAGUAUCCGCCAUGUGGACAGUGAUGUCAGUGAUGAUGACACGUCAGAAAUGUCUGUGCUGAACAAGACACAGGUAAUCAACCACAUUGGAUCUAAAGAGAUAUUGUCAGCCCUUGAUCAAGAUGAGAAGCCGCCAGGGAUAAAGAAAGAGUCUGCAAAACUGCCUCAAGGAGCACUCCAGAAUGGAGAUAAAGCCAAACUGAAUGGGCCCAAGGAGGAACCACCUGUGGUGCCUGAUGCAGAAACGCCAAAGAAAACAGCUGCACUGGCCAGCCAUCCUAAGACCGACAGUGAGGGCGAAGAAAGGCGUGACAAAGUUCGGUGGCUACCACCACACAGGGACUCACCGAAGCAUAGCAAGGAACUGGAGCGCAUGGCUGAGAAAGCCGUUGAGAAGGCUAAUGACGACUACUUGGACAAAGGUACGCCAACAAAGCGUGCUGGGAAGAAAAAGAAAGACGCAGAGGCAGACAAGGAGGCCUCUAAAGAUGGAAAAGAAGAUGGUGAAAAGAAAGAUUCCAAGUCGUCGACCUGCGUUGUCAUGUGACCUUCUGCACAAGACGGCCACUAGCAGGCACCGUCUGCUCUCUUCUCAACAUUUUGACAAGGCGGCUUCAUGCAGCACGCUUCUUGCUUUUUUUUUUUUUUUUGCCCGCGAUGAUGUUCGCUCUUUAACCUUCUUCCAAAGAAAGCAAGCAAAAUGGCUGCUUCUGCUUCAUAUGCAACAGCCGAGCGUGUGGGAAUGAUCACAUGUGUUUGUCGUCUGCAUCCGGUGAAUUCGCAUUUUCUGGCUUGUUGGUGAAGUGACUUUUUUUUUCAUGUUUCAGCGAAUAAUGUUUUCAUUGUCUGUUCGCUGUUGUUUGCUUUACUAUUUGACAGGCAAGCACUAUUUUUGUCUCUGUCUGUGUGAACGUUUGUUUUCUGUCCCUCCGAAUGCGAUUGCAGUACAACUGUCGCAUUACUCCGACUUUGGAGUUCUGUUGCACUGUCUUAGGCUGCCCUGAACAACAUUGUUUCCUAUGUGUGUUUGCAUGUCUCUUUUUAAUUUAAGGGGGGACGC